AUGAUUUUACUCUGGUUUUUCACCGUAGUUGCCGUUUUUGGACUUCCCAUUAUGGGGGAGGAACUCGAGGAGGAUGCUGCUUUUCCUCCUGUACCACCCACUCUUGCGAAGGUAGGCGGAUAUGUAGAAAUCAAACUACCACAAGUGGCCAAGUAUCGACGAAUUAUUAUGAAUCAAGAUAAUCCGGCACUCAAUGGACCUCAAAUCUACAGAGUUUGUAAUGGAAAAAAUAAGAAAACUUGUGGAUUCUGGGAAAAUGCUCAGACCAAAAAGAAGAUUCCAUCUGGGACAACAACCUAUAACAAGAACAAGAAGGCUUUGAUUAUUAAGAAAUUGAAGAAAUCUGACUUUGGAAUUUACACAACUGGAGUUCACACAACUGGUCUACAAAUUUUCCGUACUGUUCAAGAGUCACCAGCUUCUGGAAAAUGA